AUGAAAAAUAAUGGGUACAACAAAGGUGGAAUUGAUAAAACCUUAUUUGUGAAGAAUGUCAAGGGAAAGCUGAUGAUUGCUCAAAUAUAUGUUGAUGACAUUGUGUUUGUAGGGAUGUCAGACCACAUGGUGGAACAUUUUGUCAAUCAGAUGAAGUCUGAAUUUGAGAUGAGCACGACUGGUGAACUGAACUACUUCUUAGGGUUACAAGUGAAGCAGAUGGAGGACUCAAUUUUUAUCUCUCAGAGCAAGUAUGCAAAAAAGUUAGUCAAAAAGUUUGGUCUUGAAAGUGCAACACACAAGAGAACUCCUGCAGCUACUCAUAUCAAACUGACUAAAGAUGAAAGUGGAACAGAUGUUGAUCAAAGCCUAUAUAGAAGUAUGAUUGGCAGUCUGUUAUUUCUCACUGCUAGUAGACCAAACAUUACUUUCUCAGUUGGUGUUUGUGCUAGGUAUCAAGUGAAGGUAUGA